AUGACUAACAAUUAUCGGCCUCGCUGUCGUGAAGACUUCCACGUCGCAGUCAUAUGCGCCCUGCCCCUCGAGUACGAUGCCGUCGCCUUGGCUUUUGAUGAAUUCUGGAACGAAGAUCGAGAUAUACGCGGUCGUCCUGCCGGACAUGACAACUAUCACAAAAUGGGCCGGAUCGGAAGCCACAAUGCUGUUCUGGUCCUCCUUCCUAACAUGGGGAAGGUCAGCGCCGCAAAUGAGACAGCCCGUCUCCGAUUAAUCUAUACUGGGCUCAAGUUGGCCAUCUUGACUGGCAUUUGCGGUGGAGUGCCCAGCCCGGGGACCGACGACGAGAUUCUGCUCGGGGAUAUUGUCAUCAGCAAUAGCAUCGUUCAAUAUGACCUAGGCCGUCAGUACCCUGGUAAGUUCAGCCGGAAAGAUACUGUCCAUGAUAACCUCGGCCGGCCGAGCAAGGACAUCCGCACUCUGCUCGCCAUCUUCGAGACGCAUCUAGGCCUGAAUGAACUGCAGUGCCGGACCAUUCAGAUCCUGAAGAAACUCCAACAAACGGCCGUCGAGACGAAUCAUCGGACAUGCUACGACCGUCCUGCCGAUGGAGAGGACACGCUUUUCAAGCCAGACUAUCCCCACAGACAUCGAGAUCAAUCAACCUGUAGCUGUGAUGAAAUCAGUGCCUGUGACGGAGCGAUUAGUGCGUCUUGUGAGGAGCUUCAGUGUAACGUCGGGCAUCGAGUAUUAAGGAGACGCCUGGAGUCUAAGAGAAAGCGACAGUUUGAGGAAGGAGAUAUCACGAACGCACAAGAAUCUCGAAUACACAUUGGGCGUAUAGGCUCGGGUGAUACAGUAAUGAAAUCAGGCGAACACCGGGACAGGAUAGCCAAAGAACAUAGCAUCAUAGCUUUUGAGAUGGAGGGAGCAGGGGUAUGGGACGAGAUUCCGUGUGUCAUUGUUAAGGCGGUAUGUGACUACGCUGACAGUCACAAGAACAAGAGGUGGCAGGACUUUGCAGCAGCAACAGCGGCCUCAGCAAUGAAGGCACUUCUCGAGCACUAUAUCCAGAGAAACGGGCCUGAAACUGCCCAUACAUGGUUUCUUGUCCCAUACAACGAGAAUCCGGGCUUUGUUGGUCGGUCCGAAAUUCUUGAUCAAGUCAAACGACUAUUCGGGCAUGACCAAAACCAAGCUACAGUCAAGCCGUGCUCUAGAGUAGCGCUCUAUGGCCUAGGCGGCGUUGGUAAAACGCAGAUAGCACUGGCGUACGUGUACUGGAUGAAAGAGACGCAUCCCGGUGUUUCUGUUUUUUGGGUCCAUGCUAGUAAUGCGCAACGGUUCCGCCAGGCUUUCGCCUCUAUCGCCGAAGAAUGUAAUAUUCCCGGACGUGACGACCCUAAAGCCGACGCACUUCUCCUCGUCAGGAAGUGGCUAGAGACAAAGAACUCAGGCCAGUGGCUCAUGGUGAUUGACAAUGCUGACGACACCCAUCUAUUCUCUCAAAUACAUGGAUGUCACGCCGAUAUGUCUACCAAUGCGAUUGAAGCAAAACACAACUUAGGACGCUAUGUUCCCGAGUGCGCCCACGGAUUGAUUCUCAUCACGACAAGGAACAAACAAACUGGUUCACGGCUUGCUCCAGGAAGGCCUCCAAUCAGGAUUGACAGCAUGUCUAAUGACGAAGCAGACCAGUUGCUUCGCUCAAUGCUAGAGGAAGAAGUUAAUAUAAUCUCUACGGAAGAAACGUUGCUCCUCUCAUCCCGCCUAGAAAAUCUACCGCUCGCACUCGCCCAGGCGGCAGCAUUUAUUCUAGAAAACGACAUAUUAAUCAAUGACUAUGUCCAGCUAUUGUCUGAGAGCGACUCUAGACUUGUGGAUUGUCUCAGCGAACCGUUCGAAGCUGUCGGGAGAGACUCGGGCACGCCACACGCCCUCACAGCAACGUGGAUCAUCUCCUCCUUUGAGCAGAUCGAGAGACAAAAUGCAUUCGCUAGCGAUGUUCUAUCUCUUCUCAGUCUUUUUGAUCGACAGGCUAUUCCGAAAAUAUUUAUAAAUAAUUACUAUCUCCAAAGAACGCCGCAGGAGUCAGAGGCCAGUCAAGCGGCAGCAGUUACGAAAGCGCUAGGUAUUUUAAAGGCAUUUUCCUUCAUUAAAGAGUCGAAGCAUCAGAGCGUGGACAUGCACCGGCUGGUACAAAUGGUCACGCGGAAAUGGCUUGUUAAUAGCCGAAGGAUGACUGAGUUCGCACAGCAAGCUCUUCGGAUAGUAUCAAAUACCUAUCCAUACGGUAAACAUGAGAGCAAGGAGUAUUCAUAUACCUACCAGUACUGCAUCUUAGACAUUGGGAUUCUUUAA